AUGACGUCAUGGCCCAACCUUCCACGGCACCCUCGCCAGGACCCCUACAAAAAAAAAAAAAAAAUAAAAACAAAAAAGGGAGGGAAGAAAAAGGAACGCUCUGCAGGCUCAAGCUCGCAAAUGAGAGAUGAGGACGUUCGACGGGGCGCUUUUGGCUUGGGGAGCCCGGUGCAGCAGAAAAGCCAAGGACCAGAUUCGAAAUUUCCCCUUUUUCAAAACCAUGUUUUCCAGACGCAAGAUGCAUGA